UCCCUUUAAAUGCGCCUAACAAACUAACCACCUGAAAAUUCCUCCUGGGUUUGCAAGUGUAACAGCAAACAGAAAAUUUCCACUUCAAACACUUCAAUCUUCAAUCAAAAAAAUUCCCAAAUGAAAACCGUAAUUUUUAUAAGCCCAAUUAAUUGCGCAGCUCUACAAUCCCCUCCUUCAAUUUUCCUCUUUCAUUUUCAAUCACUUUCUCGAGAAAAUAAAAAAUCCCUCCUUCGCAUUUCCCAUACCAAAAACCCUGUCUUUACUCACAAACCCCGAUACUUCUCUCCAAUCAAAGCAUCUGCUUCAGACACUUAUAAUGGCUGGCACGACUUGGGACUCAUUGGUGGCGACUCAGUCAACUCGGGUGAGUCAACCCAGUUGAGGAACUUUCUAGUUUCUAUAGGAAUCGAUGAUAAAAAACAUGUCUUUAUGUUUAUAUUGGGUAUUUUUUGUGCCCUUGCAAUUUCUAGGGUCAGGGUUUCUUCAAUUAUAGUGUUUCCAGCUUCUGUUUUGGUUUUUGCUGUUGGGUUUUCCGUUGGGUUUGUACGUGGGGGGAGUUUUAAUGAGUUUAAUGUGAAUGCAAUUAAGAGAAAAGCUAGAGAGGAGUUUUUUAGGGUUUAUACUGAGAGGUUAAGGAGUUUAGUGGGUUUUUUUGAUGGUUUUGAUGUUAAAGCUGGUGACUUGAAGAAUGAUAUACAGAGAGCUAUUGAUUCUAAAGAAAUUAAAUUGGUUGAUUUGGAGAAUUAUGUUAAUGUGAUUCAAUCGAUAAAGGCUUCGGCUUUGAAUGCGAGAAAUGUUGUCCAGGCAAAUAUCGUUAAUUCAGGAAAUGUUAAUGGUGUGUUAGUUGAGAAUCAGAGAUCAUCUUCAAGUAUGAAAGGUAAGGAGAUUGGUGAAGUUGGGUUUGAGUUUUUACAAUUUGUGGGGGGUUUGUUUGGAGAGAAAGCGGUUAGUUCAAAGAGUAACAAAGUGAAGGAGAAAGAGAAAGAGAUUGCUAAGCAGGGGACUGCAAAGUGUGUGGAAAAUGAUCGAGCUCAAGGAAAUAACUCGACGCCAGUUGUUGAAGAAGAGGUUCUUAAUGCUGUUGAUAAUGAGAAAACGAAUAGGGAUUUCCUGUUUUCUCAAGGUUCAAUGAAUAAGUCUGCUUUGAAUUUGGAUAGUCGAAGGACUAGAAUUGUUUCAGAAAAUGGAAAGAUGAAUUUGGGGGAUGUAGGUGGGGAUAGAAAAAGACUUGUUAAUAAUGAAGACUAUCGUUACCAAAAUAACAGGUUGCAGUUCAUGGAUAAUCAUGGUGUUUAUUGGAAGAUGGAUCAAAAUAAUGAAACUGAAACAUGGAAAUCCCAGGAUAAUCUAUUUGAUUCUGUGGAUUUUGGUGUCAGUUUAGAACAAAUGGAAACAGAAACUAACUUCGUACAAAAGCAGAUGUACAGGAAAUCCUCCAGAGCUUACAGAUCCUCACACACCUGGAAGAUGAGUGAAGAUGAGAGUUACAGGUCUCAACUCAAAGAAGGGUGGGUGGAUGAUGAUUUGCAUUUAGGUGAUCACCAGUCAGUACCUGAGAGUGAAGUUGUUUCAUCUUCUUCUUCUUCUUCUUCAGUGGUUUCAGAUGACGUGGUGUUUGAUAGGCACCUUACAGAAGCUAACAACCUUCUGAAACAAGCCAAGGAGUUUCUAAGGGGAAGGAGUGAUGAAGAGCAUGUAGAAAUUAUUUUGCACAAGUCUGCGAAGUUACUUUCCAAAGCCAUAGCCAUGAAGCCGAUGAGUCUGUUGGCUGUCGGCCAAUUGGGCAAUACAUAUCUUCUUCAUGGAGAACUAAAAUUAAAGAUUAGUCGUGAGCUGCGAACUCUCCUCUCAAGAAGGGAUCCGUUUUAUGCAAAUGAUCACAGCGGAAUACUCAAAGGUCUAGAUGAUCAGGUAAUAAAGAAAGAUAAAAUCGCAUCUGUACUUAUAAAUGUGUGUGAAGAGUGUGAAGAACUCCUAGUUGAAGCUGGCAGAAAAUAUAGGCUGGCGCUAUCGAUUGAUGGGAAUGAUGUGAGAGCCUUGUAUAAUUGGGGCCUUGCCCUCUCCUUUCGUGCGCAGUUGAUCGCAGAUAUUGGACCAGAAGCUGCUUAUGAUGCUGAAAAAGUGUUCUUGGCUGCAAUUGACAAAUUUGAUGCCAUGAUGUCCAAAGGCAAUGUCCACGCACCAGAUGCCUUGUAUAGAUGGGGUGUGGUAUUGCAGCAGAGAUCCCGUUUACGGCCAACUAACAGUAGAGAGAAAGUGAAGUUGCUGCAGCAAGCAAGGAGGCUCUAUGAAGAUGCUCUUCAUAUGGACUCUAGCAAUCUUCAAGUUAGAGAAGCCCUAUUAUCAUGUACGUCUGAGCUCAAUCAUAGGCUAUUGUAAUCACUUUGAAGUAGUUGAUUGUUUCAAUGCUUUCCAUUUGUAUCCCAUCCUCAUUCUUUCCAGUUUCAAUUCACCAGCUAGGUUGUAUUCCAUGUAUAGAAAACAAUACCCAGAUAAGAAAAUAAAAUGGGGAAAAGGUCUUGCAAUUUUUA